CACAGAGACACACUGAGACACACAGAGACACACAGAGACACACAGAGACACACAGAGACACACAGAGACACACUGAGCCCCCAUGGACCGCCGGCUGUGUGACGGUGUGAUCGCUCUGGCUGCUCUGCUGUGUGUGGCUACACAGGUGCGUUCCCAGCUGUGUGACAGACCCUGCCUUUGCCCCUCAGAGGUCCCUCAGUGCCCAGCAGGCAUCCCUCUGGUGCCCGAUGGCUGCCGGUGUUGCCAGGUUUGUGCGCGGCAGCGAGCCGAGCCCUGCACGGAGAAGUUUCCCUGCGACAGUCAGAGGGGUCUGCAGUGCGACUACAGCGCCAGCUUCCCCGGAGAACCAGGGGAGUGUGUCGGUCAGGAGGAUCUGGGCUGUGAAGUAAACGGCGUCUCUUACCAUGACGGCCAGUCGUUUCAGCCUUCCUGCGAUACUUCCUGCCACUGCAGCGGCGGUGGGGUGAGCUGUGUGCCAACUUGUCCGCUGAAUUUCCAUCUCCCCACUUUGGACUGUCCCAACCCACAACGUAUCCGGUUACCGGGGAAAUGCUGCAAGGAAUGGAUGUGUGAAAACCUGGAGAACACAGUCAUACAGGACGCCAUCACAGCCAUGAGACCUGGCAGGUUGUGGCCGUCUCUCCCGAUGGAUCACCCUCUGAACAAGCUUGUCCUGCCAGCCUCCCCCUGUACGGAGAAGAGCACCCAGUGGAGCGCCUGUUCUCAGAGCUGUGGGGCCGGGGUCUCCACACGAGUCUCUAACCAGAACCCGGCCUGCAAGCUGCAAAUGGAAACUCGACUCUGUAAAGUUCGGCCUUGCAAUGCAGUUCGGACUCACCCAAGGACACCCAUGUGGGGUCAGCAGGGACAGUGCAAGGCCAGCUACACGUCACCAGGCCCCGUCCGACUCGUUCACCAGGGCUGCUUCAGCACUCAGGCCUUCCAGCUCCGUUACUGCGGACAGUGCACUGACUCCCGCUGCUGCACGCCGUAUCACACCACCACGGCUGAGGUCUCCUUCCGCUGCUCCACCGGCAGACUGCUCCAGCGACCCGUGAUGAUGAUCCACUCGUGUGUUUGCCAUAACAACUGCCCCUACGCCCCCUACAGUAACCCGGCUCUCUGGGGAUAUCGGCCCUGAGCAGCCUGUGUGAGCGCCGGGUCGCUCAGAACAAUAAGACUUCACUGAGGCGGAUCCACAUCCUCCCAAAGACUGACCCAGCAAGAGAGAAAAGGAUCAUUUAAAAUAUAAACUGUGAUUGAGUUGGGAUGAACGCCGAUCUUCACACAUGCACAAUCUCAAACUGCACUUAUUCACAACUCCUUCUAAUUCCCACACUUUGGGGCGCAAUUAAUUAUGUGUCAAAUCCAGACGAACGAAAGAAGCUUUAUUUGCCACUGUGCUCUUAACACAGAGGUUACAAAGUGCUUUAGAUGAAUUAGAUAAGGGUAUGAUAGACCAGACUGAGAAGGCAAUCAAUAAAACAAGUAGUACUGAUUCGCCUUCUCUGAGACUGCUCCUCUUAAAUGUCAUUACAUUUUAAAAUCAAUCCUCAAAGUCACAGGGAGCCAAUAGAGAGGAAUUACAACUGGUGGCAUAUGUGAUUUAUCUAAAGUUUUGUUACAUUUUUAAAGUUUUUAGAGUGAAGCAAUUCAAUUAAUAAUUCUGCCUUCCAUAUUGAGGCUAACAAAACCCAUUUUCUUGCAAUUUAAAUGAAUUGUUCCUAUUUAAAUAUGAAGUGAAGACAGUUGGCCUUAGUGUUGAUAUGGUCAUAAAGAACAUUUUAAAGAAAUGUUUACAUUGCUUACCAGCAAUUUACGGUAUGCCUUUAAGGGCAUAGUUUGUUAGAUAGAAAAUGAUCCCAAAGAAUGACCCCAACCUUUGUGUUGACCGAUAUUGAGCAGUAACUUUUAACCUGUACAGUUUUUGUAGUAAUGUGACAUUGCACUUCUUUUUUUGAUUUAAUGUUUUGUUGUAAAUAAUUAUAGACAGAUGUAACUGGAAAAUAUCUCUAUUUCACAUGUCCUGCAUUUUUAAAUGAUUUUUGUAUUUUUUAUUCAUAUUUUUUCAUAUUAGAAUGUUCAAAGAUUCAUAUUUUCCUAAUGUAUAUUUUGUGGCCUUUUUUCAUAAAUAAUUUUGCAGUACACUUCUUCUCUCUGAUGAUGAGCUGUUAAAAACAUGUUUGAAGCAAACAGAA